AUGGGACAGCUGCCCAUUCAUCGCAUAACUCAAAGCCGUCCGUUCUCGAGCACUGGAGUGGACUAUGCUGGUCCAAUAUAUUUGAAGCCCACCCACAGACGUGCAGCCGCCAUGAAAGCAUACAUAAGCAUAUUUGUCUGCUUUUGCACGAAAGCAGUCCAUAUAGAACUCGUCAGUGAUCUUACUACUCCAGCUUUCAUAGCCGCAUUACGCCGAUUCGUCGCUCGCCGAGGACGCCCUGCCGAGAUUUUCUCGGACAAUGGAAAGAACUUCGAGGGGGCGAAAAACCACCUAGCAGAAGUUCACCGUUUAUUACAACAAUCAUGCGAACACAUUUCCACCGUCUGCACGAACGAAGGCAUCACUUGGCACAUGAAUCCACCUAGAGCACCGCACUUCGGCGGGCUCUGGGAAGCUGCCGUGAAAAUCGCCAAAAAACAUCUGUAUCGCCAGCUGGGAAACACUCGUCUGUCAUUCGAGGAUAUGUCUACGGUGCUCACUCAAAUCGAAGCUGCAAUGAACUCCCGUCCUUUGGUUCCGAUGUCUGAAGAUCCCAACGACUUCGCCUGCCUAACACCGGCUCACUUCCUGAUUGGAACCACCAUGCAGACAGUAGCUGAAAUCGACGUCAGAAAUCUCCCGUUGAACAGACUCGAUCACUAUCAAAAAAUGCAACAAACCUACCAACAAUUUUGGCACCAUUGGAGAAAGGAAUAUCUCCAAGAAAUGCAACGAUGCACCACCAGAAGGAAACCAAACAACGAAUUCAACGUAGGCCGUCUUGUAGUCGUUGUGGAUGAAUUUCAACACCCAGUCAAAUGGUCACUCGGCAGAAUCCUUUCAGCGCAUCCAGGUCCAGAUCAGCUCAUCCGAGUGGUAACACUGCAAACAGCUCGAGGAAUACUUAAACGACCGAUAACGAAGAUUUGUUUGUUACCUUAUGAUGCACCAGAGAUGGAAGCAGCGAACAAUGUUUAA